AGUUACACAAUUCGCUGAGUGUGUCUUGCCCACUCUCAUUUUGCUGGAGCUGCCGCUCUCGGCGCACCCCGACCGGCUCUCUCCCUAAACCCACACGAUACCGGCAGAAAAGCCCGUCUGAUUCUCUGGGUCUUCUCUGCUCCUGUUGCGAUCCUUCAUUCAACUCUUGGGUUUUUAACCCCCCUGCACCUUCUGAGGAUGUCUGGGGAUUACGGCCAAAACGAUUUACAGAUCGAUUCAGAAUUUCGGGCAAACGACUCUCACAAACAUAAGAAAGACAAAGAACAUCGUCACAAAGAACACAAGAAAGACAAAGACCGGGAAAAAUCCAAGCACAGCAACAGCGAGCACAAGGACCCCUCUGAAAAGAAGCAUAAAGAUAAACACAGAGACGGGGAGAAGCACCGAGAGCGAGACGGCGAGAAGCACCGCGAAAAAGAAGAGAAGCAUCGGGAAAAGGAUGGGGAGAAACAUAAAGACAAGCACAAAGAUAAGGACCGAGAGAAGAAAAAGGAAGAAAAGAACAAAUCCUCUGGUGCCAGCGUAAAAAUUAAGAAAGAAAAUGGCUUUUCCGGCCCACCGCAUAUUAAGGACGAGCCUGAAGAUGAUGGCUUCAUCAUCUCUCCCAAAGAACAUACCAAGAAGAUGAAAAGACCAAAAGAUGAGGAGGAUGAAUUUGAUUACAAGCCCAAGAAAAUCAAAGCAGAAGCUGAUGUCAAAAAAGGAAAAAAGCGGAAGCAAGAAGACGUGGAUGUCAAGCCCAAGACCAAAGGUAAAGGACACGAGGGAGAUGGGAAGAAAAGGAAAGUGAAGAAAGAGGAGGAGGAAAAGUGGAAAUGGUGGGAGGAGGAACGGCAUGCUGACGGCAUCAAGUGGAAGUUCCUAGAACACAAAGGCCCGGUGUUUGCCCCACCGUACGAACCUCUCCCAGAUAAUGUGAAAUUUUACUAUGAUGGUGAAAAGGUAAAGCUUAGCCCCAAGGCAGAAGAGGUUGCCACAUUCUUCGCUAAAAUGCUGGAUCAUGAGUACACUACAAAAGAAAUCUUCAGGAAAAACUUCUUCAAGGACUGGAAAAAGGAAAUGACUGCAGAGGAGCGGAAUCUGAUUGUCAGCUUGAACAAAUGUGAUUUCAAUGACAUGAGCCAGCACUUCAAAGCACAGUCUGAAGCCAGGAAACAAAUGUCUAAGGAGGAGAAACAGAAAAUCAAGGAGGAGAAUGAGCGGCUGCUACACGAGUAUGGCUUUUGUGUGAUGGACAACCACAAGGAACGCAUUGGUAACUUCCGCAUUGAGCCUCCGGGUCUGUUCAGGGGUCGAGGAGAUCACCCCAAAAUGGGCAAACUGAAGAGGAGAAUUAUGCCUGAGGACAUCAUCAUCAACUGUAGCAAAGACUCAAAGAUUCCUACUCCUCCUCCUGGUCACAAGUGGAAGGAGGUCCGCCAUGACAACAAGGUCACCUGGCUGGUGUCUUGGACUGAAAACAUCCAGGGGUCAAUAAAAUACAUAAUGCUGAACCCAAGUUCCCGUAUCAAGGGUGAGAAGGACUGGCAGAAAUACGAAACUGCCCGCAGGCUGAAGAUGUGUGUCGACAAAAUCCGGAAUACCUACCGGGAAGACUGGAAGUCCAAAGAGAUGAAAGCCAGACAGAGAUCAGUGGCCCUCUACUUCAUUGAUAAGCUUGCCCUGAGAGCCGGCAAUGAGAAGGAGGAAGGAGAGACUGCGGAUACCGUGGGUUGUUGCUCAUUGCGCGUCGAACACAUAAAGCUUCAUCCCGAGAUAGACGGCCAGGAGUACGUGGUAGAAUUUGAUUUCCCCGGUAAAGAUUCCAUCCGCUAUUACAACAAGGUGCCUGUGGAGAAAAGGGUCUUCAAAAAUCUGCAACUCUUUAUGGAAAACAAGCAGCCUGAAGAUGACUUAUUUGACAGACUCAAUACAACCAUCUUGAACAAGCAUCUCCAGGACCUGAUGGAAGGACUCACAGCCAAAGUAUUCAGGACAUACAACGCCUCAAUUACCCUACAGCAGCAACUUAAGGAACUAACCAACGCGGAUGACAAUGUUGCUGCCAAAAUCUUGUCUUACAACCGUGCCAACCGAGCAGUAGCCAUUCUGUGUAACCAUCAGCGCGCCCCUCCCAAAACCUUCGAGAAGUCUAUGAUGAACCUCCAAGCAAAGAUUGAUGCUAAGAAAGAUCAGUUGGCAGAUGCCAGGAGAGAGUUGAAGAGUGCGAAAGCAGACGCCAAGGUGAAACGGGACGAAAAGUCUAAAAAAAUGGUGGAGAGCAAGAAGAAAGCCAUACAAAGGAUAGAGGAGCAGCUGAUGAAGUUGGAGGUUCAAGCCACAGACAGAGAGGAGAACAAACAGAUUGCUCUCGGAACCUCCAAAUUAAACUACCUGGACCCGCGGAUUUCUGUAGCUUGGUGCAAAAAGUUUGGUAUUCCCAUUGAGAAGAUUUACAACAAAACCCAGCGAGAGAAGUUUGCCUGGGCUAUUGACAUGACAGAGGAAGACUAUGAAUUUUAAUGCAUGCGUGGAAGAAUGUGACUUAAGUUUUUAGGAUUAAUUUUAACUUUAUUUUAUGCCUGGAUGUAGCCUCGGAAAAGACUCAAGAGUGCUGCGAGCCUUACGUUUUACCUAAUUUAUUAUUUUAUUUUUUUUAAUGGGAAGGGGAUAUGCAGCAAUUAAGGGGAAGAAGAUCACUUGUGAAAAAUAAGGUUACGUUUAACAUGAUAGAAUGACUCUGGGUGAAUCUUUCGAAAACAAAACAAAAAGUCCCCUUGCUGCCUUUUAGUAUUGUCCCAUGGACAAGAAUAUAUACAUAUGUACAAAAUGGAAAUACCUGAAAUAGUGAUUGCAUUAUUUUUUUUUGUUUUAAGAGGGGAGGCUUGCACCAGGCACAUGAGAAAAAAAAAUGUAAAAAAAAAACUGUAUAGGAAGAAAAAUAAUGAGAAAAAAGAGGAAAAAGCAAAAAAAAAAAUAGAAAAAUUUUUAACAUUAAAUUUUGCAAUAACUUCUAUUUUAAUAAA